AACGUGUUGGCGUAUGGAUUGGUCUAUGAUGGGAUGAGAAUAUUUGUGUUUGCGGUGUGCAAAUGUCAAAUGCUCCAUAUCUUAAGAGACGUUAUUUUAUUUAUUUAUUUGUAACGAAGAAAAGUUUGGUGUGAGUCCCUGGUGAGGAGGUCACGCGGUGACCCUGUAGAAUGUCUCGGUUGACGGAGUUCGCACCACUCAGCCCGGAGGACAGUCAGCCGGGGGUUGGCUCUCUCCUGUCAAAGUUCUUCAAGUUUGGGAAGAGUGGCAUGGUCCAGGACUCCAGCCCUCCAAACUGUAACGAUGCUCAGACAGACUCGCAGACUCUACAGUCUGACCCUGACAGCAGGGAUGAAGAUCUGGACACUGUGGUAUCCUUUCAAGCUGAAGGAAGGAGCCUUCAGAAUGUCUUGAAACGUAUAAGAAGCCUUCUAGUAUUGAAAAGCACUGGCCUGCAGGCGUACAAGGACACGGACUUCAAGCAGUACUGGAUGCCAGACUCGGUGAGCAAGGAGUGCUACUACUGCGGGGAGAGGUUCACGACCUUCAGGCGCCGGCACCACUGCCGGGUGUGCGGACAGAUAUUCUGCUCCCGCUGCUGCAACCAGGUGAUCCCUGGCAAGAUCAUGGGCUGCACAGGAGACCUGCGCGUGUGCGCCUACUGCUGCAAGGUGGUGCUGUCGUACCUGCAGUCGUCGGACGCAGAGGAGGACCUGACGGCCGACCUGCGGGCGGUGCAGGAGGACCUGCUGACCAAGUACGGCAGCGACGCUCCCCAGGCCUCGGCUGGUCCGGGCGCCGGCCCCGGCGUCGCGGACGCGCAGGACAGCACGCCCGCCCGCAGGAAGACCUCCCUCUGCUACCAGGAGGACCGCUUCGCACCCGGCAGAGCCCAAAGCGCGGGUUACUUGAGCAUGGAGGAGGCGUGCCGUGCACUGCAGAUGUCGGCAUCGUUGCGGGCGCUGUUCGACGACAUGUGCCACCCAAGCUCUGGGAUACCGCUUCAGACCCACCGCUUCCGCCUGCGCAACCACCACAACUGCUUCCUGGGGAGCGAACUGGUGCAGUGGCUGAUCGCACAGUCUCACGCCAGCACGCGAGAUCAAGGAACGGCGAUAGGGCAGGCUCUUCUCGUGGCCGGGUACCUGGACCCUUUAGUGUCGUCGGAGCACAACUUCGUGGACGGCUACGCGCUCUACCGCCCGGUGCAGAAUCUGUCACCCCAUCACCGCAGCGAGCCCGAGGAGAGCCAGUCUCUCAGCCAGGAUGCCCAGGAGCCUCUGUGGGUGAAGCAGAUUCUGCAGGACGACCCUUCGACUGCACAAGACAGCGAGAACGAGAGUACUUACUCGAAGCAGGAUGAUAGUGGCAGCCUCCCGUCGUCCGGGUCCUUGUUCUACCUCGACCUGAAUUUGGAGUCGAACACGGCACACCUGGGCAGUCGGCAGAGAGACGACUGUGCCAAGACAAGCAGUCCCAGGAAGAGUGACUCGCACCGCACCGGUGUCUCCAGCCCGCUGCAGGACUGCUCCCACGUGGGCAUCACCAACGAGUUCCUGUCGGGCAGUCUGCUCUCCCAGAGCGAGGAGAGGAGGCCGUGUGAGGGUUGGCACAACGUCUCGCAGCUGCGCACCGACAAUGGAGAGCUCCAGUCUUACACUAAACUCAGCUCGGCCUACAAGCAGCACGGAGACUUGUUGCUGAAGCAGUUGCUGACGGCCGAGGGGCUGGCCCAUAGCUGGGGUGACGUGUUGCUGCCGCUGGCGCAGCAGAUCGUGGCCACCGUCCGUCCCAACGUCAGGAACGAAGUGGAUGACAUGGACGUCAGGCUGUACGUGCGCUUCAAGAAGGUCCCCGGGGGCAGCCGCAGCGAGUGCUCCGUGGUGAACGGAGUGGUGUGCACCAAGAACGUGGCGCACAGAGCGAUGAACACCAUGCUGAUGAACCCUCGCAUCCUGCUGCUGGGAUGCACCAUCGCGUACCAGCGGGACGAGGAGCGACUGCUCUCCCUCGAGCCCGUCAUGAUGCAGGAGUUUGAGUACCUGCGUAAUGUGGUGGCUCGCAUCGCCAACCUGCGGCCAGACCUGGUCCUGGUGCAGCGCAACGUGUCGAGACUGGCCCAGGAGUUCCUCAUGGACCUAAACAUCACCCUGGUGCUGAACGUGAAGGCGUCGGUGCUAGAGCGCGUCGCUCGCUGCACCCAGGCCGACAUCGUGGGCUCGGUAGACGCGCACAUUGGACGGCCGCAGCUGGGCACUUGUCAGCUCUUCCACCUGGAGACCUUCACUACUGACAAAGGAAUGCGAAAAACUUUAUUGUUUUUCGAAGGAUGUCCAUUAUCCCACUUGGGUUGCACCGUCUUGCUUCGCGGAGCAUCCGUAACAGAACUAACAAAACUCAAGCGCGUGGCAACUUUCUUGACUUAUGUUGAGUAUAGUUGGAGACUGGAGAAAUCAUUUCUCAUGGACGAGUUUGCCCAGCCUCCCAGCCCGCCGGUAGACUCAUUUUUCCAAGACUGUGUCACGAAUGAUGGCGGGCUUGCAUCUUCUCCAGUGUCACUGUGCGACAAUCAGAGGCUUGCAGCGGCGAGCUCAGAGCAGCUCGGGGAGGAUGGUGCUUCGUUGUCGUCUGCGCAUUCGAGAGAAGUUAGUGAUGCAGGGGAAGUUCCAGCUGGUGUCCAGCAGCUGCAGCGGCUACUGCUGGAAGAAGACGUGGCCGCCGAACCCAAGCCAGGCAGGGCAGAAGUAUCGGCCGACCUGUCAUGCGUGGCCAGUACCGUCCUCUCAGCUUCCGACAGGAGCAGGAAUACCAAGAGAGACAAAGUUGGUCUGAGCAUCGGUAAAGAAUUGUCUUGUUCGUUCAGCGAAGCAUGUUCCAGUAUCGAUGACAUCAAUGAGACUCGUUCCAGCCUCGAAGACGCCAGCGAAAUACAUUCCAUCGGCGACGUUGCAAGCGAGGAGUUGAAAAAGCAAUGUGCGUUUUGCUCGAAGGAAAGUGAGAAUUCCCUUAACAAGGUAGAAACACGAGACACAGAUGAAUCAAAGUGCAACUGUAGAGCGUGGCGUGGCCGCGCGUUGGCAAAGGAGAGGUCACUGACCGAUGACAGAAGGGUGAAUGUGGAGUCCGUGAGCGACUUUAGUGACCCGCUGCACCUGUACCUCGGCCAGGAUGACGAAGUGUUCGCCAGCAGUCCGCCACCUGUGCAAGAGUUGUCCGUGGCAGAAAUCCCCACCGCCAACUACUUCCGCAAGGCUCUCGACGAGACCAUCCUCUCUGCAUCACCGUUCUUGAAGUUCACAGUUCCAUACCUGGAGACGGAAAUCGGACGCAAUUGUGAACUGCGCAAAUUCUUCCCGAAGCAAAUAUUCUGGUCAUCGCAAAUCAGCGAACUGUCGGAGAGCCGGUGCCAUCGCCAGGAAACAUCGGGUCACCAUGAAGCUGAGACCAUGCAGAAGGAAGUGAAGCUGCUUGCGAAGCACCAGUUUGUCGACGCCAAGCUGACAGCAGCCGCAGAGAGCCGGGAGGUGCAGACAAUGCUGGCCCACUACCGGGCAUGCGGUGGUCGCCUGCUGCCCCCGGGGCACUGUGGCGGGGCGGAGCCCCCCGGGAGGCAGGAGCCCUUGGGUCCGGCGCCGGGCCCUCCUCCCCCGGACGCCCUGGACGUGACGCGGCAUCAGCACCUGGCCGUGCUCUUCUGCAGCUACUCCCAGGAGUCCAACAACACGCCGGCCUUCUGCGUCAAUCCGUGGAUUGUUUUCAUGGACUUCUAUGGCCACAACGACAUCCCCCUGGGCAGCUUCCUGGAGCGGUACUGUUUCCGCAAGUCGUACGUGUGCCCGUCGGAGUCGUGCGACACGCCCAUGCUACAGCACGUCAGGCGCUUCGUGCACAACCAAGGUUGCGUGCACAUCACGCUGCGGGAGGUCGACUCCAACCUGUUCGACUCUGCCGACAGCAGCCACAUUUUCAUGUGGAGCCUCUGCAGCAAGUGUAAGUCGGGAACGCCUGUGGUGCGGAUGUCCGAUGACACUUGGUCCUUCUCGUUUGCCAAGUACUUGGAGCUUCGCUUCCAUGGCCACAUGUACAGGCGUCGCGGGAGGGAUGCCGACUGCCAGCACUCGCUACAUCAUGACCACUACCAGUACUUCAGUUCCAAGAACGUGGUGGUUUCUUUCAAAUACUCCAGCGUGGUGAUGUGGGAAGUGUCGCUGCCACCCUCUGCCAUAGAGCUGGCCACGGACCCCUGGCAGCAGAGCAACAUCAUUGAGGACGUGAAACAAUUGGCCCUGAAAGGCUACGAGGUCUACUGCCUUAUCAUGGACCGCCUGGCUGCCUUGGAGUCUGAUGUUGAAAAUUUGGCUGCCAUGAAACAACAGCUGCUGAAGGAACAGGCGCAUUUCAAGUCUUGCAUUGAGGAAGUGCAGUUGAAGCUGACUUCUCCAACUCUGGAAUCUAAGAGACUUGAAGGAAAAGUGUCUGAGAAAGAUGUACAGCAACUGAUGUGGCACAUUGAGGACUCUCUGGUCCAUCUGAGGAAGCUCAUUUCGGAUGCUGUCUCUUCGUGGAACGGUCGAGUACAGGACAUCUCCGUGUUGUCGAAGAAGAAACGUGAUGGAGGCUCCAAAACGGUGCAAGUGUCCGGCGCUCUAGUCGAAGGCGACGGACACUCCCAGGGCCGCGCCGUGGAGGAUGACACGAGCAGUUGCUCCGAGGGACGGGAGAGCCCCGUGUCCCCGAGAGACGGCUCCGGAGCCGCUGCGAUGGGCGACCCCGCCCAGUCGCUGGAUGCAGAGGAUACGUCGUGCUCCGGCCAGCCACUCGACACCUUGGACAAUCCUGAUGGGACUGCGCUUCUUCAAAACGUGGGCUCGCCUCCGAACCAGGUCUUGCCUCCAGAGAUGAGCUCCACGCCAGAGGAGCGGCACUUGCAGCCCCCACAGUCUGACAAGAAGAGUGUGAAGAACAUACUGUCGCAGCUGUUGCCAUCGACAUCAGGUGUGACGGCCCUACAGAGUCCGCUCAGCUCCCAGGAACACCACCUUUCCUGCGUUGGCUGUUCGGUUCCUGUGGUCAUUUACGAGAACGAACCAUCUUCCAUCAUAGCUCAUGCUCUCAGUUCGCAAGACUACCACCGCAGCCUAUGGGAAGCGACCACCAAGAAGCAGCCACCUGUCGACCAGCAAAAUUCCAGCAGCGGCGGUGUGAACCCGGGCCACACGGAUGGGAGCCAGCACGGCACCGUGACUACAGUGUCAGACUUGGAGAAGCCUGCGGAGAGCGAAGAGAAGAAAGCACAGCCAACUGCGCACAUAGAGGUGCAGUUCUCAGAUGCCACGUCCAAGUUCCACUGCCUGGUGUACUAUGCAGAGCAGUUCUCCGCCCUGCGCCAGAGCGUCGUGCCGGCCGGCGAGGAGUCGUACGUGAGGUCGCUGGCUCGAUGCGUGCAGUGGGCGGCGAGGGGCGGCAAGUCCGGCUCCUCCUUCUGCAAGACCAAGGAUGACAGAUAUAUAAUUAAGGAAAUGUCGAAGCUGGAGAAGGACUUAUUUCUCGAGUUCGCACCGAACUACUUUGGAUACAUGCAGCGAUGCUAUACCUCCAAUCAGCCGACCCUGCUUGGGAAAAUUGUGGGCGUGUAUCGCGUGGCGUACCGCAACAUGAAUUCCAACGCCACUCUGAGAUCCAUUCUGCUGGUGAUGGAGAACCUCUUCUAUGGCCGCACGGUAACUCACAAGUUUGACCUGAAGGGCUCCGUGCGAAACAGAUUGGCAAACACCACUCUUCAACAGGAGGGAGAAAUUGUGCUCUUGGACGAGAAUCUACUGAAGAUGACGUGCGACUCUCCACUGUACAUCCUGCCGCACUCCAAGACUGUGCUCACCGAGGCCAUCAACAACGACACUAUGUUCUUGUCUUCGCAGUCUGUCAUUGACUACUCUCUCUUGGUUGGCCUGGACCAAGAACGACUGGAGCUAGUCGUGGGGAUAAUAGACUACAUCCGGACGUUCACAUGGGACAAGAAGCUGGAAACGAUGGUGAAGUCGUCUGGCAUCCUGGGCGGGCAGGGCAAGCAGCCGACCGUGGUGUCUCCGGAGCUGUACCGCGCCCGCUUCAUCGCAGCCAUGCACAAGUACUUCCUGCCCGUGCCGGACCGCUGGAUGGGGCUGGGGAGGGCCGUCGACUGUUAGCGUCGCCCCAUGCCACGUAAGGGGGUGCUUCCAUCUUUCCCGGUGCUUUCAAUAGAAUCUUUAAUAAACCUGAACUUGAAAAGUUUAUAAACAGCUUCAUCAAUUCAAUAAGGGUUUAUUUGAGGAUUUUGAAAAACAUUAAAAAGUCUGUUUAUUUUUUUCAA